AUGUCAUACGUUUACAGAGAGCGCGAUCGCGAGCGGGACUGGGACGAACCCCGGUCGACCGUGUCUAUCAAGCGUUACGUCAUUCCCUCAGAGGAGGAACGGGAGCGGGAUUUCUUCUAUCGCCAUGAGGAACCAGCCGACCGAGAGCUGGUUAUCCGGCGCACUCAUGAGCGAGAGGAUCCGGUGAUGGUUCAACGAUAUGAACGGGAAAUUGACUACGACUCGCGCCCACUUGACUACCGCUCCGAAAGAGACUAUUACGAACGUGAGUAUUAUGUGCCCGAGCGCAUCCGCAGUCACCCCGCCCCCGUUAUCAUUCGUGAAACUCAGCCGAUAAUCCUUCUUGAAGCACGCGGUCCGGUCUACGUCAAUCCACGAGAAUCCGAUUAUGCGAUUGUGCGGCGGCCGGAAGUGGACCGUGAGCCUGAAGGCUACUACUACCACCGGCGUGUCCGGGAGUGGGAUGAAGACCGCCGCUCCCGACGCGAACUCAGCCCCAGUGACUCCGUUUCUCAGGCUACUCGUCGUCGGGAUGAACAAGACUAUAGCAGCGAUGAGAGCAUGGUCUAUAUUCGCAAAGAGACGCGGGAGUACGAUGACCAUCCUCAUCAUCGGCGGCGGCAUCUCGCCGAGGGCGCUUUGGCAGGCGUUGGGGCGGCCGAGCUUCUUCGCAACCAUCAUAAGAAAGAAGGGGAGGAAGUGGCGGAAGGAGUUGGCCGCCUCGGACGGGACGUGGGCGCCGGUGCAUUGGGCGCCAUUGCCGCUGAAGCCGUCUCACGCGCAAGAGAACACUAUCGCAGCAAAAGUCGGCAUCGCUCCCACUCUUUCGACGACGAUCACAGAUCACACUCCCGUCAUCAUCACCAUCAUCACCAUCAUAGCCGCAGUCGUCGAAGCCGCAGUCGCUCUCACUCCCACUCGCGUGCACGCACGCUCGCAGAACUGGGCUUGGGUGCAGCUGCUAUUGCGGGCGCAGUUGCCCUGGCACGAAACAAGUCCAACUCCAAGAAGGACCGGCGCAGUCGAUCUCGUCACCGCCGGGCUGCCAGUUCCACCCGAUCGUUGCCGGUCACCAAAGAUGGAGAGCGCAGCCAGUCUCAAAGCAGAAAGCACAUGGCCGAGGCGGGUCUAGCCGGAGCAGCUGUGGCUGGCCUUAUCGAGAGGGCCCGGAGUCGCUCACGCCCAGGACGACGUGAUCGAUCUCGUUCCAAGAGUGCAAUCAGAAAAGCCCUGCCAGUGCUAGCGGCUGGUCUUGGAACCGCUGCUGUGACCGGCUUGUACGAGAAAAACAAGGAGAAGAAGGAAGGAUCCCGCCGCCGCUCUAGGUCGCGCAGCCGCGCCCCUUCAGAGGUUUACUCUGACCCAACGAAAUCCUCGCCUGGAUUAAUUGAAUACGGGGAGCACCCAGUCCACGGAAGUAUUCCUGCCAACUACUACGGUCGACCUGGGAGCUCGCAUGGGUACUACUCGGAUGCAUCUGAUCCUGUUGCAAGUGGUGCGGCAGGCUUUGGAUCAACACGGCGCCGGGACUAUAGCCGCAGUCGUAGUCGGAGCCGAGGCCGGGCUGUCCGUUACAGUAGCGAUUCGUCAGAUUCAGAAAGCGACAGGCGGAGACGACGGCGAGGUGGGCACGAACGGCCUCGCAGUCGCUCGCGCGAAUUCGCCGAGGCCGCUUUAGGAGCGGCGGGGGUCGGUUACGCAGCCCACAAGCUGUCCCAGCGGAAUGAGCGCAAGAAGGCGGGGCGAGACAGGGACAGAUCAGAUGAAGAAGGUCCGUACCAGCAUGAUCCGUAUCCACCUCCUGCUGCUCCUCGGCCGAUCGACGAUCAUCAGUACUACCCCAAUACCAAUUACUUUCCCCCGCCCCCUGGCUCCGCGCCUCGCACCGAACCAGCGCCGUACAACCCUGCGGACUAUCCACCCCCGCCCGGCGCUGUACCACCGCAGCCGUAUGCUCAUUCCGCGCGUCCUGGGCCAGAACCGUACGCGCCUCGGCCCCGGAGGGUAGAAGAGAAUGUGAGUGCCGCAUGGAAACAUCCCCAUCACCCCGUUGCCCAAGAUCGCAUAUAUGAUGGUCUAGAUGCACGGUCACCGCUGAGAACCCCCCGCGCGAAAAAGCGACGACCUCGCGCUGCCAGCCAGCCGGCAAGACCGAAGUCGGUUGCCUUUGACCUUAGCUCGGAGCAUGAGCAACAGAAUGACCCAGGAUACGAAACGGACGACAGUGACUCGACCAUUGCAUCAACACAUGGACGUGGGCGCUACCAUACUCCACAUCGCCGGCACUCGUCGUCUGAACCGUUUGCUGCACGUACACGGUCUGAGGAUCGGUCCCGCAAAGAUGGCGCGGAGUCUGAUUCUGAUUCAACUAUUGAUUUGCCUGAUCGGUUCGACUCACAGGGUCGUCUCCUACCCCAGCCAGGGGAUGAUCCCUUGGCGGAUGGGUUGGAGCAGCUGCUGAGGAGAAUCAACCGCGUCUUUGUUUGA